GAAAUGUUUCUCGCUUCAUGAAAACAAGGAGAGUAGCCAACCACAUUUGAUCUAGGGCGAGUUCGAUCACAGAUUUUCAGGUAGGCACACACAUACACACUUUGACUUGAAAGUGUUAUAGACAGGGCUCGACACAUCGUUUAUUGUUCGACAUCGCGUGCUCUUCGAUAGGUGGAUAGAUAUUUGAUACACAGCAUAAAUUGUGAUUAAGGGCUUUGUAAUUUGCACGAUUACUGUCGACCUUAUCUUCUGCUGAACUAAACUUCUGGAGUUUUCAAAAGAUGUUUCUUGUUCGACGAAGUCCGUGAUAUUUCGGUCGAGCAAUAUACUGGUAAAGGACUUUGAAACGGUUUCUCGGAACUUGUACAGGUACGAAUUUUCCUGUAUCUAAAUUAUCUAAACUCACACUUAACUAUAAAAUCAAGGAUAUGCAACGCGUUUACCUUUCCCAUACUAUCAAUCCAAAGACAACCCUUAAUUUGCAUUUUAUUUACUUCUGAUUUUUGCUAGCUUUUCCUUGUUUUUUUACGUUCCGAACGAGGCGAGAGACUGGUUACCAGUUUUAUGAAGCCAAUAUUCAAUACAAGAGCAAACUUUCAGCGAGACGUAAAGGUAUGGCUAAGAUCUUUAGGAUGAAGUGUAACACAAUGACGAUUGUGAAUUUUACUUUUAUUGAGCUUUAAAAACUUAUACUUCAUUCGCAACCAGUCAAGUGCAAAAUUAUGUUUUGCAAGACUUGAAACUGCAUGUUAACAUGUAAUGUCUUGUCUCAGUUAUAGUUUGAUACCUAAAAUUUGUAAGUCAUCAUACAUUAAUUUUUGUUUGUUAAGUAGACCUGAGAAUUUGGUAUCAUAUCUAAAUUAUGAUUUCCAAGUUCACAAUUUUAACUUCUCUCCAUCUGCCUGUGUUAUGGAUUUGUAUAACCCUUUGAUUCCCAGGGUGACCAAGACAGAAUUUCUCAUUACAAAUUUGGUUUUGGUUUUGGUUUUGGUUUUAUAGCACCCAAUCAAAAUGUGCUUUAUAGUGUAAUUGAUUUUAUUCUAAAUGAGUAUUUGAUCUACUUUUCAAUCAUUCUCUCUAGAAUACAUGCCCGAGAUCAAAUCAUGGCACGUUUGAUUCCACCUGGUGAUGAGAAAAAAAGGUUUUACACUACUAAAGUAUUUCCAGGGAUGGUUGGUGGUAUGAUAGUGAGUAAUUAUUUUUAUUUUUUAUCUGUAUGGUAUAUACAAUGCUCUUGACCAUCAACCACUGCACUUGAUUGGUAAUUACGUAACGGUAAUUACAUGUUGGUGAUUCAAAAGAGUAUGUUUGAUUGUUUUCAGUUGACAACUAGCUUUAAACAAAAAUUGCAAACCACUUAGGUAGGUGAAGAGGAUUGCUUGUCUCCUUAGUCUGAUGACAUCUGUAAUUUUUCACUGUCUUAUUGAUUCUGUAAGGGUUCAACUCUUAAACCACACAGGUUUUUUGGUUCACUUUUCAUCAUAUACUGAUAAAUUUAUGCAUCAGUACCUCUCAUAUAACUUCAUUUUUAGAUUAUCAGUGUUUUAGAUGCUAUGAUUGCUAUGCUGUAUGCUGUUAAUUGACUAUUGUUUGCUAAUGGUAAAUAAUUGUUUCAGUAUAGUUGCUCAGGUGCUUAAAUUGAAAUUCUGUGAUUAAUUUGUUUUGACUUUAACACCAUUCUGUCACAAUUGUUUUGAUUACUUGUAUCAAGAUGAACAGCCAGUUUCCACUAGAAUGUGAUGGGUUUACUCAAUUCAAUCAGCUAAAACUUCAAAUCUUUCUUUUAAAAAGUAGUACCCCAAAUGUAGGAGCAUCUUUUGUGCUUUUUUGUAUUGAAUUUUUUUCUAUAAUCACAUUUAUCACUUCCUGUGUAACAUUGACAUAACGCAAGUCAGCAAUUUUGAAAUUUUGCAUCCCUGCUAUAAUCACCUAGUGCAAGGUGAUCAUUGUGAGAUAUGGUGCAAUUCUCAACAAAAUUCGAAGGCACCUGUCUCUCUAAUCAUGGCAGCAAUUAUACUGAAUGAUAUUAUUAUAAUUAAAGCAGCCUUCAUGAACAGCUUUCUGAACUUUUCUGUAAUUUAACUCUGAUCAAUUAAAAAACAUUUGAUUUUCAAAAAACAUGAAACUUAUGCACCAUAAACUGGUCAAUCCAGAUAUGCUUCACUUGCAUGCAUAAAGAUUGUUGUUGGAACUCAUAUUUAUCUACCAGAAUUGUAUUUAAAUUUUGAAAUUAUAGUGAAUUCAAAUCCAAAUAAUUUCUAAUAAUGAUUUAUGUUCAAUUAUAGGUAUUAAUAGGUAAUUUAAUUUUUUUUUCUGAUCAUAGGUUGUAGGCUUUAUCAUGCUUUUGACCAGUGGCAUAGUGCUUGGAUGGAAAAACUAUCAUUUCAAAGUGACCAGAGGAGAGAAUAAGAGGCCAUUUGAGUGGUGUUUGGGGGCUGGAGUGUGCAUUUCAGUGGCCAGCAUAGCCAGUUUCAUAGUGAUUAAAAGAGCAGAUUCUCCUCUUGUGAAGAAAUGUUCCCUAGUGGUGAGAUUUUUUUCUUCCUCAACAACAUUAAUGAUGAGUUAGCAGUCCAGAUGAGGCUUAAUAAUUUAUGUAAUAGUUAUAAUUUUAGGGUAAAGUAAUAUCAGGUGUUUGCAAAGCUGCAUUAAUAACAAGAAUAAAAAUGAAAAAUGCAUGUAAUUCUCAUAAAAUAAAAAAAAGAAGAAAAAAGGAAAGAGAAAGACAGAAGGAUUGAAAGACCUUCUAAACAAAGUUUAUUAAAAGUGAUUCUUACUGUGGAGGACUUUUCCCAAAGCUCUCCUUCAUCAACCCUCAAGAAUCCUUUCUACAACCUGAUUGAAGGCCAUAGCCUUCAUAGUGGUGGACAGGUCCUGCUUUUGGUGAGGUAACAUCUUAAGCAAUACACAAGACUCUUAAGCUUGAGCAAUGACCUUAGUUGAAUUAUUAACUUGAAUGAUUAAAAUUCCCAUUUUCUUCAAUAUUUUCUUAUAGUACAUCAUAAUUCUUGCUUUGGCCACCAUUUUCACUUUGGUUGCAGUCAUCACAAGUUUUACUUUAGAGGUGAGGAACAGUAGAUGUCCUAAAUUGAAACCUGAUUGUGUUGUUCACUAACACAUGUAAUAAUUUGCCAUAUAGCAUCUUUAGACUUCAUGUUCUGGCAUGAAGUCUGCUCUACUGCUUCAGAUAACUGAUUGUGGGACAUAAAAGAACAUACACAGUUAUCAUAAAGAGUAGGGAACAAAUGUAGCUCUUGGUGUUGUGGUCUUCCCUUGAAUCUGAAAUUGGGAGCAUCUGCAAAAAUUUCCUUCAAUAAUACUCCUGACUGGAAAAAAAAGCAGUCUUGUAUCAUAAUAUGUUGCCUAAAAGAACAACAAAGUGAUCCUAAUAGGGCUUUGACUCAGAUCCCCUCAUCCAUGAUUUAGGGUAUUAACUUUCAUGCUAACAACCAGUAAUACUUCACUAUCCAGUGAAGGCAAUCAUCACUGCAUGUAAAGAGUUUAGUUAAAAAAAAUUUGAAAAAAUUGUUUCUCAUUUUCAUGAAAGACAUCCACUUUACACAGUGUGGCUAUUAAGACCCAAUAGUAGAUAUCAAUGAAUCUACUUCCAUUCACAAUGAAAUUUUUGCAAUUUGGUUGAAUCCUAGCGGUGCAAUUUAGUUUUGAUUUUGUUCUAGCUUGAUGACAUGGAAAAUGAUAUGAAGAUCAAUAUUCAGGACUAUGGUUUAGGAAGAAAAAGAGAAGAGACAAUGAAUAUCAACACGCUACAAAGUGAAGUAAGUAUUAUGUGUGAUAGAGCAAAGUGAAAGAUUUUCAUAUAACCCCAUGCUGGUUUCACCAUUGUUUUUCUUUACCAAUUAACUACAUGAAUGAAGUAUAAAGUUAUAACCAGCCGCUGGUCAGGAAAUGAGCCCACGCUCGUCCUUCCUCCUCAUCUCGGGCGGGAAGACUGGACUUGAGAAAAAGAGAGGCGGAAAUCAAGCUCAUGCAGAGGUUUGCAGUUAAAGCGCACGGUAUCUUGAAUGAUACCGUAGUAAAAAACAAUGAAAUUUUUUCUUAAUUAUCCUGUUCUUAGAAACCCCAACAGUAAUUCUGACAUACGUUUUUGUGUAUGUACAGGAGGAUUGUUGUGGAGUGAAUUAUUAUACUGACUGGAGAAAUACAAAGUUUGGAGGACGUAGAAUCUUCGCAGUACCAGACACCUGCUGUAAAACAAAUGAGUUUGGGUGUGGCUUUAAGUUUGAAACUGACGAUAUCAACCGCAGGGUGAGUUUUGUUUUGUUGAUAGUUGUGUAAUUAUCGCCGUAGAAUUGACGAGUCCAAGGAUUGUUUUUCUCUUUUUAACUGGAUUUCAACAGAAAAUUCCCUUAUGUACCUGGACCCCUUUUUUAACUCGUCUUUUUUUGUUUGUUUGUUUGUUUUUUUUGCUCUUUGGUCUGAAGUUUUAAGGAAAGAAAAACCCUGAACUCAAUGUACUGAAAAUUGCGAGUGUUGAGCUGUUUUCUUUUAACUGUGUUUUUUUUCUUUUGUAGGGAUGUUUAGAGGUGGUAAAGGGCUCUGUAGGAAAACGUCUAUUGGUAGUCAAGAUAAUGGGAAUCUUUAUCUUGUUUGUUGAGGUGUGUACUGUAAAGGUUGUUUACGUACAAUUUUCUCAAUAAACAGCAAGAACAAUGUUCAUUUCACGUGGCGCGCCACUUUUUCUCACCGAUUUCGUUGAAUGCGCUGGCGGAGAUGGACUUCGUUUAGUCUACGGAGACGAACGAAACGAAAUCGUAAACCUUAAGUUUGUAACUAGAGGGUUGAUUUUAUUUUGACUAUCUUUUUUUUGUCCAUUAAAAAAAUGCGAGAAAGGGAAUUUUUAUGAAGGUGCAGGGGAUUUUAGUGUCACCUAACGAAUUCAUUUCUGUUGAACUGUUUCUUAUACUGUCGUGACUAGCAGAAAGGGAUAGAAGUUGUCAUGUUACAAUUUUUGUUCAUGACAUCUUUCUCAAACUAGUAAUUUUCAAACCUUUUUUCCCGUCCUCACAGGUUGGUGUGGUGGUUGCCACGGCAAUCAUUUGGAAGAAAUACAUGAGUGAGUGGUGACUGACUGAUAAUGACUGUGAAGGACCACAUGAACACAUGCAUAACCCGUGAUUGUGGUCUAAAGGCCUGACUGAUCACGUUAGUGUCAUGUGAUAUAAUGUCAGUGCCGAAAACACAAUUAUGUUUUCAGUUUGCUGAUCUCUUUCGCAUCACUAUUUUAUCUUAGUGACAAUUUUAGCGAGCAGAGAUUUUCGUAUCAACAACUAAACCCCUAUUUCGCAUAUUUAUAUGAACACAUAAUUUUGUGUUUUCGUCUAUGUUUAAAGGGGCUCUUUCAACUUUUAGCUUCAUUCUAAGAGGUAUUAAAUAUCAGCAAAAAUAGAACCUAAUAGUAUGUUCAAUAGCCCUCUCUGACCACUAAAUCACGUGAGAGAAGGUUGAAAGUUAGGGUGGAGCACGAACAGUUGUACAGUUUUCUUUUCUCUCUAUUGUCGUUUUUUGCCCAAGGAUCACAUCUUGAUAUUAAAUUGAGGAAAAAGCAGACUAAUUUUAAGCAGCACAAAGUUUGUUAAAAUGUCAAUUUUUUUUGACAAUUUAUUUCGCAGUUUUGUGUAACUAUCGAUGAUUAACAUUUUGUUUUGUUUGUUUAUGUGCGAUCUAUCUGAUGUCUUAACUACGGCUUUAUUUGUAGUCUGAUUACUUGUUACGAUCUCAACAAGAUCGUCUUGACUGAAUAAUCUCAACAACAUGAAGUUUUUACUCGCUAUGAUUGUAUUUACCCGCGGCUUUCUCUUUCUUUUAAAUUGUCUUUGGAUAGACACUAACUUUCCUCUGCGCUCCUCUUAGCUCUAAACACUUAUUCUAGCAUAAAUAGUUGGAUUUGCUCAUUUGUUAUAAAUACUGACCACCCAUGGUGGACGUUUAGUUUACGCAGUUAAUAAAAGCACUCAGGGGCUUUACUGAGUAUGGUGCACUCUCAUUCAGUAUUGUAGCUGCUGUAUACUGUAAAGUGUUAUUAUCUAGUUAGAUACGGUCGUAGAUAUCUGUACCCACAAUAUGAUGAAAUUAUGGCUGAACAUAAUCAAU